AUGUCACUCAAUGACGGGGGAAGUUGGCAAGCCGAGGUCUUUGUCGGCGUCAACUGCGUCAAUGUCGUCGACGUCAUCAGCGUCGUUGAUGUCAUCGAUAUCCUGCUCCGAUCAGCGUCGUUUAUCGAGAACAAGCACGCAGAUCGGACCCGGACAGCGCUGGAGCUCGGUUCGAGUGCGUCGUCGAUGUCUGCUGAGAGCAACGUGCGGUCAGUCUUUUCGACCAUCACCGCCAUUCCGCGCCUCAAGCGCGGGCUGCGUGGCGGGGGCGGCGGGAGCGACGAUGGCGAGAACGGCGCUGCGCCGCAUGGGCUACUGGCUCGCGUGGUAGCGAGCGCUGCGUACACGGCCGAGCGACUCAAGUCGAGCGAGUCUGUCGAGCGGCGGGUGUGGGACCUCUUUGUGGCGCUCUUUGUCCUGCACUCUGCCUUUACCCUUCCGCUGCGGCUUGCCUUCCGGUCGACAUGGCGCUCGCGACCGUUUCUGGCCACCAUGUACACACUCGACUACAUCGGCGACUUGCUGUUUUGGAUCGACAUUGCGCUGCGGUUUCGGACGCCGUUUGUGUACGAUGGCGUGCUGGUCACCUCGAGCAAGGCCAUCCGGGCCGAGUACCUCUCGUUCUGGUUCUGGUACGACGCCUUUGCCACGCUCCCGUACGGCCUUCUCUCGUGGGUCCCGUAUCGGCACGCCCUGCUGCGGCUGCCGCGGCUGCUCCGGCUGGCGCAUCUCUCCGAGUACUGGCAGAAUUGGCAGCAUCGGACGGGCCAUCCGUACGUGGUGCGGCUGCUCAAUCUCAUGACCUGGUUCCUCUUCACCGUCCACUGGCUCGGAUGCAUGUACAUGGCGGUGGCGUACUGGAAGGGCUUUGCCGUCACCUCGUGGGCGGCGCCGGCGGACCUUGAGCACGCCUCGGUCCUCUCGCAGUACUUGUUUACCUUUUUCUGGGCCGCCAACCAGCUCACCAACAAGGGUGGUGGGCCCAUCCGCCCAGUCUCUGAGUUUGAGCGCGGCUUUGAGCUUGCUGUCGCUGUCCUCGCUCUCUUUGCCGUCGCCACCAUCAUCGGUUCCAUCUCGCGGGUCAUUGCGCAGUCGGACACCAACUACGCCCGCUUCCGCGAACGGCUCGACACCGUCAACAUGUUCAUGCGGACGAAAGGCAUUCCGUCCGAGCUCCAGGAGCGCAUCCGCUCGCACUACAUCUCCGAGUACGCGCGCCACCGUGGCAUCGAGACCACCAACAUCCUCUCGGACCUGCCCAUCAACCUGCGGACGCGCGUCGCCCUCGUUCUCAAUGAGGACAUCCUCAAAAAGGUGUUCUUCUUCCAGGCCUCGUCGCGAUCGUUUCUUUCUGCGCUCGCACCUUGCCUCCGCUCGCGCGUCUUUGCGCCCGGCGACACCAUUGUGACCCAAGGCGACACCGCGGCCAAGGAGAUGUACUUUAUCGGCUCGGGCUCGGUGAGCGUCAUUGUCGACGACUUUGCCGUCGCCACCAUGACCGAGGGCGAGUACUUUGGCGAGCUCUCGCUCCUCUCGCACACGCCACGGACCGCGACCGUCACCGCCUCGGGCUUUGUCGAGCUGUACGUCCUCGACCGCCCGGACCUGCUGCGGGUGCUGGAGAGUCACCCCAAGGAGAAGCGGCGGCUGACCCGUGCGGUCAAGGCCCGGCUCGCCGCCGACCUCCUCGCCCACGCCCUCAAGAACGACGCUUUUCCUUCGCGCUUCAUCCCGCGCGGCUUUCUCACCGCUGUCGAAGCUCACUUUACCCGUCUUCCGCUCCGCGGCGACGUCACCGACGACCGCACCAAACGUCUCUCGCAAGCAAAGAUGGAUGAGAUCCGUGAGGCCUUUACCCUCUUUGACGUCGACAACUCGGGUGAACUCGACGACGAGGAGCUCAACUUUGCCAUCCAGACCCUAGGCUUUGACCCGCACUCGCCCGAGAUGAUCGAGUGGAAGGCUUCGGUUGACGUCGACGGCUCAGGCUCAGUCGACUUUGGCGAGUUCAUGGACAUGAUGGUGGUGCUCAUGGCCGAGUUUUCCGACGACGACUCGUCAAGCUCCACAAGCUCGUCGUCGACCUCGUCCGAGUCGCUCGGCUCGGACUCGGACGCCCGCUACCUGUUUGUGCCUGACUCGCCGGCCGACGCCGUCUACUUUGUCUCGCGCGGCACCGUCGCCAUCACUCGCCACAAGCACUCGGCCUACGAUGACGGCCAGGCCAUCGACGCCUCGGUCGCUGUCUUCCACGCCGGCUCGUUCUUUGGCGCCAUCCACGCCGGCACCAUGGGCGUCUACGCCAAGGCCAUGCCUAAGACCCGCAUCCUCUGCUUCUCCGACUCGGCCUACCUUGCCCUCGCCGAAGAGUUCCCGGCCUUCCGCAACUCGCUCCGCACCUUUGUUAAGCGUUUUGCCGACCACAACACCUACUUUGGUGACGCCACGCCGCCACCAUCGCCGUCUCUGCAGCCUGCCAUCGACGUACCUCCCCCGCACAACUCGGCACCGUCGCUCCCCUCAACUACCCUCGUCGUUGUCCCGCCGGUCGAGCCGUCGAAUCCGAUGGACGCUCCGAGCUCAUCGCAGCAGUCGUUCCCGCCUAACGCGACCGAGCCGCCGCAGCCUGCGCCGCAGCCUGCGCCGCGCCAGCGCCGCAAGUCCAUUUCCAUGUACGCCCGCAAGGACCAACGCGCAAAGUCGCGGAUCAAGCCGACUCUUUUCGCCGUCCUCGACCUGGUCACCGUCGCCGACGCCGGCCGACAGACCACCUCUUCCUCGGGCGCCGUAGCCCGCAUCCAGCGUGGCCGCUGCUCAGGCACCCUCUCCGCCGUCGACGCCUUGUCCGCUUCAUCGCCGUCCAUUCAGACCCUCACCUCGUCCACCACCACCACGUCCAGCGCCAACCCAGUCGCUGACGCCUUUGCCCUUGGUGACAUCGAGCUUGCGCAGCUCUUUGCAGGCAUCACUCCGCAACAGCUUGGCCUCCUCGGCCGCGGCCUUGACGGUCUCCGCACCCUUGUCACCCGCGAGAUGGAGGUUCGCUUGCUCGCCAGCACGUGACUAUCGUUGCGCAAACUGUACAACAGUCCACCAUCCAUGACCAUACACACACACGUUACCCUC